GCAAGGUAGGUCGAGCGGGCGGAGCUUGUGUUUGAGAGAGUCGGGGGCGGCCUGAGGUGAUUUUUGUGUUGUGUAUGUGUGUGUCGCUGCCGGCAGAGCGGUGAAGUCCGGAGCGGACAUGAGCGGCGGCGUGUACGGCGGGGAUGAAGUUGGCGCUCUGGUGUUCGACAUCGGCUCCUAUACAGUCAGAGCUGGCUAUGCUGGGGAGGACUGCCCAAAGGUUGAUUUUCCCACUGAUGGCGUGGUACUGGACCGGGAUGAUGGGAGCUCCAUGAUGAUUGAUGGUGGACAAAAGCAACAAGGAGGCCCAACAUACUACAUAGACACUGAUGCAUUACGAGUUCCAAGGGAGACACAUGGAAGCCAUUUUGCCUUUGAAAAUGGAAUGAUUGAGGACUGGGACAGCUUCCAAGCCAUUUUGGAUCACAUAAAGAUGCACAUUAAAUCUGAAGCUGCUUUGCAUCGUCUAAUGUCUGAAGCGCCAUGGAACACCAGAGCGAAGCGUGAGAAAUUGACGGAGCUGAUGUUUGAACAUUACAAUAUUCCUGCUUUCUUCUUGUGCAAAACUGCAGUUCUCACAGCCUUUGCUAAUGGCAGAUCCACAGGCUUGAUCCUGGAUAGCGGAGCAACCCACACCACUGCCAUCCCAGUGCAUGAUGGAUACGUGCUCCAGCAAGGCAUUGUGAAAUCACCUCUGGCUGGAGAUUUCAUUACGAUGCAGUGCAGAGAACUGUUUCAGGAAAUGAACGUGGAGAUAAUUCCUCCAUAUAUGAUUGCAUCAAAGGAAGCAGUUCGUGAGGGCUCUCCAGCAAACUGGAAGAGAAAAGAGAAAUUGCCACAAGUCACAAGAACGUGGCACAAUUACAUGUGCAAUUGUGUGAUUCAGGACUUCCAGGCUUCUGUCCUCCAAGUGUCUGAUUCAACUUAUGAUGAACAGGUGGCUGCACAGAUGCCCACGGUACAUUAUGAAUUCCCCAAUGGUUACAACUGUGACUUUGGUGCUGAGCGGCUAAAAAUUCCUGAAGGCUUGUUUGAACCCUUCCAAUGUAAAGGGUUAUCUGGCAACACAAUGCUUGGUGUGAGCCAUGUGGUCACUACAAGUGUCGGGAUGUGUGAUAUAGACAUCAGGCCAGGUCUCUAUGGGAGUGUGAUUGUAGCAGGAGGAAACACCCUACUACAGAGCUUUACAGACAGACUAAAUAGAGAACUGUCUCAGAAAACACCUCCGAGCAUGCGACUGAAGUUGAUAGCGAACAAUACAACAGUAGAGCGAAGGUUUAGUUCCUGGAUUGGUGGCUCCAUUUUGGCUUCUUUGGGGACCUUCCAGCAGAUGUGGAUCUCCAAGCAAGAAUACGAAGAAGGAGGGAAGCAAUGUGUAGAAAGAAAAUGCCCAUAAAAACCUGGUUUUUUUAUUAUUAAAAAGACAGCUGCCUUCCCCAGCGCUUCUAAUAUUGAAUAGCUUUAGCACACUCAGGAAUCAAAAGUUUUGUCUUUUGUAGGAAAUGUAUACUUUUUGUGCAUUCUGCAAUCUCCCGUUUUUAACAAACCAUAGGUAUUUUAAAAGGCCAACAUCGUUCUGUCACAGCAGAUGGAUGCCCGCAUCCUUUGUAAAUGCAAUAACUCUUAUACAAACUCUUUUUAUAAUUUUUGUAUAGAUAUAUAUUUUCUGCAAAAUCCCCCCCCCCACUGGAAACGAAGCUAUAAACUGUGGAUGUAAUCUCCUGCCUUUCUGAGAAAUGUGUCUACUUUCAGACUAGUCUUCCUUGUUACGUUGGCCUUAAUAAAUUCCUCUAGUUUGUCUUAGA